AUGAAGUUCAUCACCGUCCUCCCCUUCCUCGCCGGCCUCGCAGCCGCAGCCGUUGUCGAGCCCCGCCACUGCGCCGGCAACAACUGCAACCGCGCGGUCACCGGCACUCGGCCGGGCCUGCUCCCGCUGACCGAGCGCUCCUCGCACUGCGCCAGCUUCUUGCUGAUCACCGUCACACCCGCAGCAUCAACCGUCACAGUAACAGUCGAGAACCCCCCACCGACUCCAACCCACGCCCACCCCAAGCGUAAUCUCCUCGAGAACAGGCAGGUGACUGUCGUGCCGACCGCGAUCCCGGAUUAUGCGGAGAAUUGUGUGGAUGCGGCUGAGUACAUUUCGGCGUGCUCGUGCUUUGGGCUGACGGGGUCGGUAACGACCGCUCCGGCGCCGACGGUGACGGUUACGACGACAGUGGAUUAUUGUGAAGAGUGA